AUGUUCAAAUAUCGUUUCAACGUAAUUAUAAGGGAAUUUGCUGCCCCGAUUUUGUACAAGGGUGUCACCGAAAUACCGCAAGAUCGGAUUGACUUCAUUAAGCAAAACUUCGAAUUCUUAGAAAUAUUUCUGGGAAACUCUGACUGGAUGGCUGGUAAUACAUUAACUUUGGCUGAUACCAGCAUCAUCGCAUCAGUGACGUCCUUGAUGGUUUUCGUACCCUUGGACCAAUACCCUAAAUUGGCUGCUUGGGUAAAACGAUGCGAGGACAAAAUUCCUGGCUACGCAAAGGCAAAUACAGCAGGAGUUAAAAUUUUUCAUAAUUUAUUCGGAAAAUUUUUCUCCAAAGCUUAGAUUCACGGGAUGAUUACAAUUGUAAAAUUCUAACUGACGUAUAAAAGAGGUACUGUCAAAUUACCUACGAUCACACAAUGAAACAUUCAUUUUUGUUCCACACAUACCUAUGUAUCCAUUUGGCAAAAUGAUAUUUGAACUCUGCAUUAUUCCUCCAAAUGCAGUACAGAUGUAACCACCUGAAAAAAUGUCUUCGUCAUCUUGAGAACCGUAAAAAUAACUGCCCACGAUAUAUUGAAUAAUGUGCAUUAUGAGAAUAAAAUCCAAAUAAUAU